UCGACCCCCGUCAAGAACAAGAUGCCCAGGGCGCCGCGGAAGCACAGCAAGACUUACAAGGUCCCCCGUCGUCCCUUCGAGUCGGCGCGUCUCGAUGCUGAGCUGAAGCUCGCAGGCGAGUAUGGUCUCCGCAACAAGCGCGAGAUCUGGCGCAUCGCGCUCACUCUUUCCAAAAUCCGUCGUGCUGCUCGUGAGCUGCUCAAGCUCGACGAGAAGGACCCGAAGCGUCUCUUCGAGGGCAAUGCCCUGAUUCGCCGUCUUGUGCGCAUCGGUGUGCUCGACGAGAGCCGCAUGCGUCUCGAUUACGUGCUCGCGCUCAAGAUCGAGGACUUCUUGGAGCGCCGUCUCCAGACCCAGGUUUUCAAGAGCGGCCUUGCCAAGUCCAUUCACCACGCGCGUGUGCUCAUCCGCCAGCGCCACAUUCGUGUCGGCAAGCAGAUCGUCAACGUGCCCUCCUUCGUCGUCCGCCUUGACUCCCAAAAGCACAUCGACUUCUCGCUGACCUCGCCGUACGGUGGUGGCCGCCCGGGUCGCGUCAAGCGCAAGCGCAUUGCCGCUGCUGCCAAGCGCGAGGAGGGUGGCGACGAGGAGGAGGAGGAGUAAAUCACUCGCCAAUCUCGGGUGCCCUAGUUGUAUUCCAUUCGCCUCGCUAUGUAUCAUGUCCACGAUAUGCUGUUAUGGUGCAACAUUCAUAUGCCAUCUCCCCCAUGCUUGUAUCGAUAUCAACGGAAGUCUUUGAACUUGCCUGGUCUGCGGGUCGUUGCA